AUGACCAGUACGGUCAAAGUGAAAGCGGAGUCUUCCACUAUCACUCGCCGAUUCGAGAUUGACUCCAAAUGUUCUUGGGAUGAACUGAGAUUACAAGUAAGUUCUUUGUUGUUUCUUUAAAGAUUUUCAGAGACAAAAGCGUUGUUAUCCUAUUGAAGUCUCGCUGACAAAGUUUCUUGAAUCUUUCUUUCUUUAGAUUAGACGAUUAUUCGACUUGCAAGACGACUUUAGUUUGAAAUAUAUUGAUGACGAGGAUGAAUUGGUAAGCAUUCAGCCACCAGGCUGUUACUUGUAUGUAAGCUUAGCUCAUAGCUGCGUCUUAAUUUCUGGCAUAUGCAGCAGAUUAACAUGGUUACAAUGUUUUAAAGAUAGCUUAUAACGCUAGUUUGUUUAUAACUUCAUUAUUAUACUCCGAUCCUAAACGCAUAUGCAUUUGCAAUGAUGCUAAGCGCUCUAAGCUAAUGAUUUUUGUUUGUUUCUUGAAUUCAGGUCACAUUAGGAACGCAUGGUAAGUUAAAACAAAAGUCAUUUUUCUAUUAUUUUUCUAAGCCAGUAUUUUCUUCUAGCAUCGACCCAUUUUUAAUAAAAAUUUUUAACCAACGAGUUAUGUGUUCAUUCAGCUUGCACUACUAGCUGGUACGUUUCGUUAUGGAAAAACUCAUAUCAUUUUCGAAGUGCAGUUUUGUUUACCAUUUUAAGCUUGCUGUCUCAGUCUUAUGUAAUUUUAAAAUGUGUUUUAACCUUAUAGAAACUUAAAAUUAUGCAAUGCUUCUUGUCUAUUCUGGUUUAUUUUUUCUGGACUUAAUUGCUUGUUGCAGUCAUUAUUUAGAUGUAGAAGACAUACCUUGCAACUCUCAUAGAAAGCCAAAAGCCAGAAGAGUUUUAAAUUCUCAAAUUCGUCAACUAUAAAAGUACUGAAAACAAGCAUUGCCUUCCAAAAUACUGUCAGAGAUGUGAAUGGUCACAACAUUGGUUUUUGUCAACUGAAGUCAACCGCAGUUUAUGCCUUCAUAAAAUUAUAAUAUUUUUGUGUAGGAUACGUCUGUGAAUGUUUUAAUCUAAGGUAUGAAUGUGAAUUGGUGAAAAACUGAACCAGUAAGUAUAAUUAUGACACUUUCAGUUACAAGUUUACUCAGUUUCCCCAGCCUACGUAAACAAGGGAUGUUUUACUGGGCAUCCUGUUUAUCCCAAGUCAUCAACCUUUAUAAUAAAUUUAGCCAUCUUGCAAAGCAGUCAACAAUGACAGUAACCCCAAUAUUCGCAGCUUACAGGCUGAAGCAAUAUCAGUUUUAAAGUAGGAAUUAAUGUAUGAAUUAAAAAAGUGACAAAGAAAUCCCUUUCCAAGAUAUAUACAUGACUACUGUUUGUACUGUAGAAAAAUUAUACUUGACUACAAUGAUUAUCUUGAAGCUGGCCUGCUAUGAACCAGAUGUAGUAAUCUUCUUUUAUUUUGUUUAACUUAGUCAUGAUACAGUGAACCCUCAUUAAAACAAAUUAUUUCCUCAUUUCUUGAUUCUUUGUUAUAUUGAAGUUCGGUUAGCACUGUAAUCGUAAACUUCGUUUCUCCAGGGUCAGAUACAUAGAACCUCAUGUCAUUUCUCCAGACUGAACUCCAUACUGUCCUUUAAAGAAUAAGUUGAGAAAAAUAAAAAUUGAUGAAAGAGCAAAGCAUUUUCCUUUAGGUUAACAAUUUUAGUAAUUGUCAUUUUCUUUUGACCUCAUUAUAUUUUUAUUUUUUAUUCUGAUGGGAGAAUAUUGAUUUUGGUCACUCUUAGAUCUCAAAAGGGUUAACUGCUAACAUGUGGUGUUCAAAUUCAGAAGUUGAUCACGAAAUUGGCUGGAUAUUGGCCCUAGUGGUUACUCCAGUGUUAAGAUUUAUACAACUUCCUUAGAAUCUUUGGAUUGAUCAUCAAAACAGAGGCAAAUGACAGCCUGUACUUUAUGUAGUUAGAUUUUGGUAUCGAUCAUUGCAAGUUAAGAGGAGAACUUGCUUUAAAAAUUAUUUUUAUGUGACAACAUGCUUUUUUUAUUGUUUCUAGGUGAGCUGGAGGAAGCUUUGAAGGUAUGCUAAGAAUGUCAUACAUGUAUAUGUACUCUACUUUAUGACGAAAAACAGAAUUAGUUAAAAAUGUGGUACAUGGGGUAAUUUAAAAACAAAAACAUAAGUUAGCAUAAAUGACUCUAUAAACUAAUACGCAUUAUAAGAUGUGUUAUCUAUGUAAAGACAGUAUUUUUGUAAAGACAGACUGCAAAAUGUGCGUUUCAUAAACAUCUCUGGCAUUCGUGUACAGCUCCAGCUGCUUAACCAAUGAAUGGUGUUUUAUUUUUUCAACCAGUUAAGGAUAUUGCACACUUUCAAAGUCAAGUUUUUCUGCCAAGGGUGUUACAAUUUUUUCUGGCUGAGUUCCAGCAAAACCCAGUGGUUAUAACUGAUGAGAAGAAAAGGCAAUUCACCUUUCUUGGAAAUUGUGUUAAUUUUAGUCUGCACACUUCUUCCGUCAUAUUCUUAAUCAGGGCUGUCUCUCAGGCCCUAGUUCAAUCCCUGCCUAGCUGCUAGCUGGAAUUGUCCUUGGUAGUCCUGAGUUCACCUCCUCAGUCAACCAUGUAAAGAGCCAACUGUUUUGCCUCCAGCCAGUUGGGAUGUCAACCUUGUGGGCCACAAUUAAUGAAAACUACUGGGUUACUAGUAACUGUGUUACCCUGUUAAGUCAGGUUUUUCUAUUUAAAAAGUCUCAAAAUAACUUCCCAUCUGUUAAAUUCCCUGCUUACUAAUUUCAUGCUCCCAGUAAGUUGAAAUUGUACUAACACCCCUGUGUAUAGACACAGGGCUUAAAGAAAAUUGAAAAUUGAAAUAAAAUAUUAGCUUGUGCAAAUACAUUUUUUCUGCUUAGCACCCUUUUAUCCUUGUCUAAGGUUAGGAAUAAUUCAAUAGAAGAUGACGUGUCUACAAUCUUGGACAAAACUGUUGAGAAAGUACUUGGAAAAUACUUGGAGGGCAUUUUUUCUAAACUUCAUAGCCGACUGAUUCUUCCCUCCCCCCUCCCCCUGGAAGCAGUGUUGUUGGGUCUUCAAAAGAAAGCCAGAUCCCUAAGCAUUUGUAGGAAGCAACUUUGAACUGGGGGAGGGGGUUUUCUUUACGCAAAGCCGUUGAUUUGGAAAUAGUCCUGUUGCAUUAGGUAGUGUGCAUUAAUGAAAACAUUUUCUCAAGUAGUUUUGUCCAGGAUUGUAGGUCUUUGCCCACUGAGCAAGUGAUCAUGAAAAGUUACUUACAUGUGCCUGGAAGGAAAAUCUACUCCUCCUGGUUGGCCAAAUGGGGCUUUUUUGAGCUCUGAGAAUUUCCUAUGUUCUCUUGUUUCACUCUGAAAAAAUGUCUCAUUUUCAACACAUAAAGCCAAUUUAUUGAAAGUGAAGCAAAGGGAGGAGAUGACAAUCAUGUUCAUGAUAGGGUUCACAGUGUACAUCAGAGUAGCUAGUAUUUAAACAUCACUUCUGUGAUUCAUGUACUUUGCGGUCACCAGGACACCAAGGAAGUCAGUUUUACAGUUUGCCAUUUGGGCAAGCUGUGCAGGGGGUAGCUAGCAUAUACUAGCCCAGAAGUCAUUUCAACUAGCUAGAAAAAAAUCUAAGUGAGCAGUGGAUUGGUUUCUGUUUUUCUGUAAUUUGAAUUCCCCCCAAAAUUCACAUCCCUGUGGGAAAAGUUAAGACUAAAAUUCACUGGCUUCAUAAAAAACUACUUUCUUAGCAUCCUGGGAUACUUGUUAAUGAACAAUAAUUUUUUUUAAACAAUUUUCACAGGUCACCCAGAAAACAGGCUUACUAAGGCUGUUUGUGGAGAGUUCUUCUGAUCAAGGGCCUCUUGUGGGAAUUGAAAGUUUUGAAGACUUGCUUGGUGAACCCAGUAAAGAGACACCUGUAGUAAGUAUGAUUAUUAGCUAUAUUGAAUGAGGCUGAGUAGGAUGUGAAGAAUUAUGCAGAUUGAGGAGGAUGUUAUUCAAUGAGGCUCAGGGGGAUAACAUCUUCUGAGAUUUGCAUAAUUAUUCACAUUAUACGAAAGCUGAAUUCAAUAAUAAAUAAUAAUUAUAAUAAUUGUAUUAUGUAAUAAUUAUUGAUUAUGUUAUAAUUAAGGGACUUGUCAGAAAUUAGCAGGGGUGAGGGGAGGUGGAGAUUUUCAGUGUAGCAAUGAAAAUAAAAUGACCCUCCCUUGGUAAGGGAUUAAAAUGUCCCGACCCUCCCCUGGAAAGCAUCCUAAAAUUUCUAUGACCCUCCCCUGUAUAAAUGAUAAGUGCGAAUUCUUAUACAGUGGUACAAGGAAACAGUUCAGUAUUCAAAAAAGGAAUCUUGCAUUAAAACUGACCUAUGACGAACAUGCGUGCGUUGCGUGUUUCUUCUGUUGGGCAAACAGGACAAAAAAAGUUUUUGGUUUAAUGAGAUGAUAACAGUUCCUCCUUCAUGACUAUAAGAAACAAAGACAGACUCACCGAGAUCAGACAAUUUUCAUGGAAAAAGUUAGACUUCUGGGCCCAGUUGCUCGAAGCAUGGUUAGCGUUAAUUAGCGCUUAAUACCUUGACAACGUAUUGGUUUUGAUACUGCUUAACCAAUGGUUAAAGCUAACCAUGCUUUGAGCAACUCAGCCCUGGAUGUUGUUUCAGUGGAGAACACUUCAAUAAUGCUCCAGCCAGGGGCGUAAGACUAGUCACAAACAGCAGGUUAUAGAAAUGGGUCCAUUAAAACCUUAUGAACCACCUCUCUCAAAGUAAAAUCAAGUAGGAGAAGUUGCACUCUACACAAGAAAGAUCAGGAAAUUAAUGAUCAGUUAAUAUUUUAACAAGAAAAGUGCACUCGACUGUUUAAGGCAACAUACCUUCAGCCAAAAAGAAGGAAACGUAAACAGAAGCAAACAUUAGAGAAAGGCCAAGAAAGCAAAACGGAACAAAAUGAAGACUAACUGUAAACUUACUGAUAAUUAUGAGAACCAUUACACCCUAGCAUAAUGAUAGUGAUGCAGAGCCCAUAGGUCCCUUAGAACUCUAUUAUGAAGUAAUUAGCUCUCUAAAAAAGAAUCAGUUGCCUCAGUUACAUCCAAAUACCUUUGACAAGAGACUGUUCACUGUGGCUUUAAAGGACAUUAUCAAGCAACCUAUGACAUUUACCGCAAGUGAGACAGAGGAUGAUCAUAGGAAUGGUGGGCAUGAUGAUGAGGAUAUUGAUGAUGAUGAUUGCGGUGGCAAUAAUACAAUGUUGUCAGGGUUGUCACUAAGAUUUCAAGUUGCCGGGUGAAUACAACAAGUAGGCGGGGAAUCAAACGGCUAGGGAUUUCUUUUGGUUCUAUUUUUCUUCUAUUUUCCAAUAAAAGUAGCCGGGGGCCACUCUCUUAGUAGCCAGGGAAAAUCCCCAGCCCUCGGCUCUUAAUGACAGCCCUGGUUGUUGAUGAUAAUAUUCAUGAUGAUGGCAGCACUGCUGGUGUUGAUGCUGUCAAAGAGGGAAGGCAGUUUUCUUGAGAUAUUUGAAAAUUGACAUGCAAAAGCAAAACAUGAGCUGUUAGUUUUAUAAGUUAGGUUCUUAUACUUUCAAUAGCUUGUCUUGUUAAUACACCUCCACUUAACAGCCACCCUCGGGGUACUGGCAAUUGGCCGCUUAAAAGAGGUUGGUCAUAAAUUAGUAGUAAUCUUUCGCAUCACUUUAUUUUGAAACAAACAGAGGAGAAUAUAAUUAUUUGUGGUUAAAUUUUUGUUUGCCAUUGUUGAUUGGUGUUGUUUUCUAACUUUAGGCUCAAAAACGUAAAUUUGUGGUCAACACCACUACUCCGUUAGAGCCAAACAGCACUUUCAAGACAGCGAAAAUGGAUGAUCCUGCCAUCUCAGAGGCGGAGAAGUUACCCCCAGACUCCUCAGAACCUGGAACCAAUGUAGUGAGUUCCUUUGAAUUUGGAUUGCCAUCCAAAGAGAGCAAAGAAGAAGAUGAGGGUAGAACUCAGACGGUUGUCAUGCCUGUAGAAUCAUGGUCCUCCGAUGCUGCUGAUAAAGACAACAUGCCCUUUUCAAGAGAGCAGUACACCCCUUUGGUUCAGUUGAUGGUUCCCCUGCCCGCUGGACAACCUCCACGACCUCCACCACCUUCAACCAAGCCCAGGAAAGGUCCAGAUGGGGCUAAAGGCUGCUACACCAAGCUAGCCGAAAAUGUUGCUUUUGAACUGGCAGCUGUGAAUGAACAGCUUAAUGAAAAGUUGCGCACCUCUUUUGAGAAGCAACAGUCUGAAAAUAGACUUGGGCAAGGGAUGGAUGAAGGAGAGGAUACGUAUGUGUUUGUUAAUCAGCAGGGUAAGAUAAUCAGUUGAAUAAUUUUAUCAUCAUUGUCACUCCAAGCCUACAGCAGGAAAACAAUUUUCAGCUCAAAGACAUGAACAGCUUUCCAUACCCUUGUCUCUGCCUGUAACAUGAUUAUUAAAAUAUGCAACAUGAUUAUCAAAAUGUGCAACAUGAUUAUCAAAACAUGAAACAUGAUUAUCAAAACAUGCUUGAACAUAAUAUUUAAUCCAGAGAAUCAAGAGAAAACAUGUGAUGAUCUUUCUUGUUUUUGUUUUCAUACAUGCUACACGACAUGAAUAACACUACAUGAUCAGUCCUCAACCUUAGCAGUGGUCCACUAGCCCAUGAUUAAUAAGAAAUGGGAUUAGGCUGGUAAAUUUUCAGAACAACUACCCACCGGGCUAGUCUAAGUAGAAAGACAAUUAAAGAAAAAAAUCAGUUUUCGUUGAUCGCGGCGGACAAAAAUAAAUUAAGAAACUUAUCCAAUAACUCCAUUUGUGGUAAGUGGGACUGGUAGGAGGACUGCACACUAGUGGGACCCAGUAAUAAUUUAUUGUAAUGCAAUGAUCACCAUCUUGAUUGGGGCCUUGGUCAACAUGAAGAGAAUACAGUCAACUCUCUCUAAGAUGGACACCUUUGGGACCAGCACUAGCUGUCCAUCUUAGAGAGGUGUCCAUCUUAUAGAGAGUCAAAUAGAGGGAGCAAAGAAAGGCAGGCACCAACUUUAGGUGUCCGUUUUACAUAGGUGUCCGUCUUAUAGAGGUGUCCGUUAAGAGAGAGUCGACUGUAGACUCUUUUUUCAAGCAAUGCGAUACUCUUAAGAGAAAGCAGCAUGUCAAGUGCUGAAUGGACAAACAACUCAAGCUCAGACUUUGCUAAAGAAGCCUGACACUUUCAGUUUCAUCCCGAGUGGAAACCAAAAUUUCUUCUUUUACUUUUUCUUUUAACUUGAUAUUUUUCUUUGAUUAUCACUAAUAAACACGAGCUUUCAUUGAUUCUAGUUAUCUCACAAAAUAAGCAGCAAAAUUAUUAGUAUUCAGACAAUCCAGGCUUAGACUUGCCUCUUUUGAGCUCAAUAAGUGUGCGGCAAGAGCAAAAUGUUCAAGCCCAGGCUUGGCUACCAGGUGGUGACCCUUGGCUAGUAAAUCUUAAACCUCACUAGCCUAAGGACUAGUAAGUUAACAAGUUAAGGUUGAGCACUGCUUAAAAACCACAGAUUUAUUCAAAUUACAGUCAAUUUUUUCUUAGUGGACAAACGUAUUAGAUGGACACCUUCCUAAAUUGGACAAUAAUGUACAGCCCUUGUUGCUAUUCAUUCUUUUUUAUUUGCCUCUCAGUGGACUGCCCUCUAUGAGGAAUGCAUUUACGAUUUGCCCUUGGUUCCAGUUUCUGAAAGGGGUUGACAUUAUGAACCCGUUAAGCCCCGAUAUCCAUAUACAAAUUCUCCUCUGUACAUUUUCUUAAAAAAUUAGUUGAGAGAUUUUUGAUAAAAGAUCGGAGUAUUUUCUCUUAGGUGACCAUUUUAUUUAUUCCCAUAAGCUAAUCUCUUGACAAUCUAUGGAUAUUGUUAGGAGAAAAUGAUUUUGGUCACCAUUGGGACUUAAAGGAUGAAUUGAUACUUAAUUACAACAUGGAGAUUUGCUUUGCAACUCACUGUUUAAGUGUACAUGCACAGUCUCUCUAACAGUAAACCCAGGUCUUGUUUACUAAGGGUUGAUUUCCACUGUCACGUAAUUUUUCCUUGUGAAUGCAUGUAAAUUUUACCCGCAUAGAUAAAACAGAGGCGAUGUAUGAAAGACCUCGUGUAAACGUAAAAGUUAAGCGAGGUUCGACUUUUACAUUUACGCGUGACCUUCCAUACAUCGCCUCAGUUUUAUCAACCCACAUACAUAUGGAAAAAUUACGCUACGAUGGAAAUCCUCCCUAAGGGUCAGAGGCUAAGGAUUUCCUAUAACUGUAAGAUACUUUCAUAGGAAACAUAAGGAAAAAUAGACCCAAAAGAACUUCCUAGUUGUUCAAUCCCUGCCUGUAAUUGCAUUUUUUUAGCAAUGUGAAAUCUCAGUGCGAAGCCCUGAAAUCCACCUCGUUUAUCAUAAUAUUUUACUAUUUACAAUGCUUUUCUACGUGACAAGUACACUGAGUAGGUAUGAAUUAAACUUAUUGUCUGUGUAUGUUUUUUUUUUUUUUUUUUUUAAUAAGGCAAUCUGUUAGAAACCGAUGAAGACAUGACCCUUGCAAAUGAGGUGCUUAAUUCCUCUUCUAAUCAGUCUGGAGAAACAGAGGAAGAAAGCUUAGAUGACGAGAGUCCUUGUUCACCACAGAAUUCUCUUGCUUCUGACGGCAAUGGCUUUGAUCACGCCUCGAUAGAGCAAACUGUUCACCGAAUUGUUCAAGAGGUAAAAUUAAUGGUCAAGAGACUUGUAGCACAAUACUCAUUAUAUGAACACUUAAAUUUUUGCAAGCAGGUAAUAGAAUGAUUUUAUUCAAACCUCCUCUUUGAGAAAAAAGACUGUAGAUAAGAAAUAUAAUGAUUGAAAUAUUUAGCAAAUCAAUGACACUUUUCACUGCAGUGGUCUCACUGCAAAGUUUUACAAUAACGUUAAUAGUUUGGGACGUCCAUUUCCAUUGAAGUUGCUUGGAAAAUCCUGUAGGGGCAAGUAGAGAGAAAAAUGCUAGAAAUGCAUCACCAUCGUGCCUUUUCCAUGGUCUGUACUUUUAUAGACCAUUGCUCUCAACCAAUCAGUGCAUGCAAAAUCAACAAGUUAUUGUAAAAUAUUAUUGAGAAGAAUUUGAUAGAAUAAGCAGUCAUGGAGAUGCACGAAAAUAGAUGAAAAUUCAGCAUAUAAUGCAUAACAACUUAUUUGCUUGAAAUAGUUAGUAUUUUAAAGCACAGUGAGUGCAUUUUAGAAAAAUCUCAAAUCCACAUUAUCUUGGUGAAUGUUAAGAUGCUAGCUACAUAUUAUAGUUCUUUAUAGUUUUCAAACUUCUUCAGUAGGGUAUCAUUAUCAUGAUCAUUAGUAAUGGUAACAGGACUGAUCUGAGCUGGAGUCCAAUUUGGUCAAUAACCAUGCAAGUGAUUAACAAAAUCGGACCACCGCAUAGCGGUAGUCCGAUUUGUUUAAUCACAAGUAUGAUUACAGACCGAGUUGGACGACACGAAGUUCUGUUACCAAUUAAUCGUAACUUUACCAAACUUUGUGAUAUAUAAGGCUCUUUUUAAAAUCAAAGGACUAGAAAUUUUAAUAUCAUUUUUGCUAGCAGUGAAAAAGAAAGCCAUUUAAGCAUGUGCGUGAUGGUGCGUACUGUCCAAUUACUUGGGCAUGACGUGCAUUGUCCUGUUAGACUGUCCUAUUAAGGCUGAAAUCAGGGCAGUCGAUAACCAAUCAAAUUUGAGAAUUUUGUUAUAGUUAUGAUUUACAUUAUUAUUGAUUGUUCCUUUUAAAUUUUCUUUAUCCUUCUUAUUAUUUUAAUCUUUCGUUUUUUCCUUCGGUUUUUUUUACAGUCAUUGCCACUCAUUGUGGAACAAACACUGAGGAAUCUUCAAGGACUUCAUUUAGAUGAUCAGAAAGGUGACUCAUUUAUUGGACAAAGUCCUGUAAAGUCAAAUGUUGCUAAAGGUAUAACUUUGUUGUCAUUUAUUUUUUUCAGUUGUACCGUAAAGCAGAAUUUUUACCAUUCAGGUUAAAAGCUAUUUUACCCUAAUGCUAACUUGUCCACAUUUUAUUAGUUCUCCAUAAAGGGAUAUUCUGUGCCGAAUGUAAUCAACCUGUCGUUGGAAUCCGAUACAAAUGCUGGUAAGAAAUCAAUGCAUAUUUGCUUAUUAACCAAACUAGCCAAAGGUUAAAGAGUGCAGGCAACAAUGACUAAAAUGCCCUUGCUCCAAUGCUGUGCUUUGCAGAAGUUUCUUGUGACUUAUUAAUAUACUAUUAGAUGGUCAUAAGAUGCACUAUGAGGUUACAAGUGAUAAGAGGUCCAGGCAUAUAAGAUUGCAUUCUGUUCACUUUGUGGAAGUCCAGACAAAGCUGGCUACAUACAUGUAUAUGUGUUGUGGUUCAAAUUUAAUCCUUGGUUUGAAUUUUUUUAAACCAGUUUAAAUUUUUCAAACUGCUGAGAAAUUUUUAAACACAUAACUUGUUCUCAUUUAUUUAUACCUCUCCUGGUAAAUUACGGUGUAAAAUACACUUGCGACAUCAACUUGGUUUCACAUGUUAGUAAGCAUUUUAGCAAUUACGGUUAGGCAUUUAUUUCAAAUGGUUAGCUUUCAUGUAAGUUGAUGGCCACAACACCGUUUCAGUGAUUUUUUUUACCUUUGCGUCCUGCAUCCCUGACACAUAAAAAUUCCCAAAGACACAGAAUAAUUUGUGGUAUGUGUCCCAUAGGAUGCAAAGAUCAAUUGAUCAAUCUGAAGAUGUUUAAAUUGUACAAUAUCCUGUUUUUGUGUGAUUUGCUGUGGCUGUUCUUGUAGCUGUUGUUUAAUGACACAUAUUUCUUGUAGUAUUUGUUGUGCUUGACAAUAGAAGGAGCAUAUUUUUAUUUCAGUAAACUGUCAUAUGGAGUUUUGGAGAUUAACUGUGUGGUUACAUUGGGACUUAUUGGAAAUUUUAUUGACUCGCUCUUCAUAGAAAGUAUGAUUUAUAAAUGAAAGUACCAUUAACUAUUUUGUUUACAGCUUUUGCACAGACUAUGAUCUGUGUGAAGAUUGUGAGGCAGUGGAUGGAAUUCAUGAUUCAAACCAUUUCUUUGCAAAGCUCCACAAUCAUGUGCCUGGAAUAGGGAGAAAAAAUGGAGAGAUGGUGCCAAUAUUGAAAAAGUCUGUGUAUCGGACAGUCUUCAAGGAAGAAUUAAAGAAUGAAUGGAAGCUAGAGAAAAGAAGGGAUAAAGAGGAAAGAAGAGAAGGGAAAAGAAAAGACAAGGAGGAACGAAAAGUGGAGAAAAGGAAAGAUAAGGAGGAAAGAAAGGAAGAGAAAAAGCGGGAUAAGGAUGAAAAGAAGGAACGGAAAAAAAAGGAGAAGUACUACAAGGCUAUUAGACUUGAGGAGAAGAAUAAAAGAGAAAUAAAAAGGAAACUGAGAGAGAUGUAAGUUCCUAGAAAUUGUGGAAUGCCUUUAAUUUCCGAAAGUAAUGACCCCUCGAAAGUAGCAAACCUCUCAAAGUAGCGAUAAAGUGUCACAGGUGUUAGCAAAUCCCAAAAGUAGCGAUCCCCCUAAAAAGUAACGACCCUCCAAUAGAAGAGACCUCAAAACUAAUUUCCCCUUUUGCCAAAAAUAACAGAUUUGAUAGAUAUCCUGAACAAAUGCCAUGCCAAUCCAAGGUUUAUUAAUAGUGAUUAUUUGACAUUCUUAGUCAGAACUCUUAAAGUACAGGAUAUACAUGUACAUUACCUUUUUUCAAAAAGUAUUCCUUUCGGUGUUAGCGAUUUUAUUAUUUGAAGUACCCAUGUGGAGUAUAGGUUUUAGCCAUCCAAAAGUGAGGACCCCCAAAAAGUAGCAAGCCUCCGAAAGUAUUGAUAGCAAGAAGGGUGCUAAAUCCGAAAGUACUGACCCUCAUUACUUUCAGAACUUUACUGUAGUCCAGUUUUGAAUUCAUCACGAUCACUGAAUAGAAGCACUGAAGACUCAUUUAUGCAGGGUUAGCCUCAACCUAAAAUUAAAUAUUCACAAAUACCGGCAAAUGUGAGUUAAAAGUAGUAUAAACAGUUGUACACAGGUCUUCCUCUGACUGGAAUUUGUGAUGAAAUAUAUAUUCCCUAGGUUGAGGCUAACCCUGUAUAAAUGAGUCUUAAGUAGGUGUUUACAUUAGUUUGAACAUAAAGGGAACUCUUCCUUGUGAAAAGUUGUUAAAGAUGUCAAUACCAAACCAAUUGUGGAAUUUUAGGCAUCCUGCUGUUGAACCAUUAACCAGUAUUUCCAGCAACAACAAUUUGUCUUCCCCCUACUUAUAGAUGCCUCCCAAUUUUUCUGCCUUAUACCAUGUACUUGAUCUCUAUUUACUUUAGAUAUCAUACUUGGUUGGCAGAAAUUCCCUAAUCAGCGUACCAGGCAUUUGAUUGCAAGAUGAAUAUUUAUCCUUAAAUUUGAUUUUGUCUAUUGUUGUCUUUAAUAGUCGUCAUGAAAGGGAGUCUGCUACUACCACAGAAAGGCUGCAAAACUGUCUGAAUGCUGAGUUUAUUGCAGAUGCUAGUAUUCCUGAUGAAACAGUGUUAAAGGCAGGGCAGAAGGUUUGUCAUAACAAAGGAUCCACUUGUUUACUAGUAUAGUGUGAAUCAGUAUAAAUUGAAGAAUGUAGUCCAUCGCUAGAAAAAACCAGCCUUUACGUGCUAGGCACUUGUCUGUUCCAUUGAAGUGAAGAUAAUGAUUAUAACAACAACAACUACCAAACACAGAGUUUUUCUGGCAAAGAUUUAAUUGACAAAAAAAAACAAACUACUUUUAACUUACAGUUAUCCUAGUAUUGCAGCUUGGUGGUAACACAGUACUGUUUGUCCUUUUGUUGAAUAGGUGAAACUUGUACAAUAUCAAUUUUGUUCAUUAUUAAGCUCCCGUGUUUUCUUCUGACAGUUAUACUUUAUUUGCGGAUUGUUUUUUGAAUGUGUUUUACAGUUCUUGAAGCGCUGGACUGUGAAAAAUAAAGGACGCAGGUGGAGUGCAAAGACUGUGGUUAGUAAAAAAGUUACAUUAUUUGCAGUGUUGAGAAACAGCAUUACCUUAUGCACUGCAGAAAAGUUAAUGUAUGUAAAAAUCUGAACAUGUCAGGGUGCAAAGAAAAUCAUUUUUACAGCUUGACAAAAAUUGGGGCAAGCUGAAGCUAUCAUUUACUAGCCCAGACGUCAUUUCAACUAGCCCCAAAAGCUUUUUGAUGAGCAAAGUUAAUUUCACAGUUCUUCUGUUAUUCGAAUUCCUCAAAACACAUCACUUGCCCGUCAGGCAAGUUAAAAACAGAAUUCACUAGCCCAAUAGCAAAGUCCACGAGCCAUGGGCUAUCAGACACCACUUUCACUUUGCACGCUGCAUGUAAGCAUGCAGAUUUUGAGAUAUGCCAUCCAUCAGUUUUUUGAACUGUGUUGAGCACUGCAUGACUUGUGUAGGUCCUCUCACCCCCUUACAGGAAAGGUCAUGAAUGAGAUUUGUUGCUUAAAUUUUGACAUAAUAUUUGGUGCAGUGUAGCUGACAGAGAUGGAGGGCUUGUUUAUAUGUUAUGCUAGGAGCAAACAGAUGCAACAUUGUUUGCCAACAACUCCCAAAUUGUUGUAUGUUAAAUGAUUCAUCUGUUUGCUCACCCUGAACUUGCAUGUUGUUGAGUGUUGUUGGAAGUUGCUGCGCAAAGUUUGAAACCGGUCAAACUUAAGCUGUGUGCAAACGAACGCAAAAUAUCCCAACAAUGUUGGUAGUUGUUGGUGAACAAUGUUGCAUCUUUUUGCACACAGUGCUUAAGUAGUAUUUGGAAACUCAGACUGGCAGCCUAUUAGACGUUUGGGGCUAAACAGAAGCAAGGGACACUGUUAAGUGAUUAGGGAGCUUAAGCAGGGCCAUUUUUGAAUGACGCAUGUCUACCAUAUUUGUAUUGCCAAGUGUCUUCAUUCUUAUAGAGACGAUUUUCCCAAAAAUUUGUUCAAAAUCACAGCUCAAGAGUGCAAAAAGUCCGCUUCUGGUUGACAUGCGUCGUUCCAAAACAUCGCUGCUUAAACUCCCUAAUAACAUAGAUGUACAGUAGUAUAGUUUUCAACCACAACAAGCAUUUGUCUGUAAGUUAACACUGGCUAAGUGAGUGAAUGACACCCUUUUCUUCAAAGAAUAGUUAUAGCCCAGUUCUGCAAUAUUACCUGUUGUCCUAACAGCUGGGCACAUUCCUCAUACAUAUCGUUUUGUUUUGUUCACUGAAGUUGCAAUGUGUAGAGGGUAAUAUCACAGUAGCAUCAGGAGACAACAUGGUGGAGGUUCCUCCGCUGAAACCUGAUGAGCAAGGUGAACUGGCUGUCCCAUUUGUUGCACCUUCUGCCCCUGGGCGUUAUGAAAGGUAUGUCAUUGUGGCACUUCAAGAAUAAAAGCCCUUGCUAAUAGGGGCAUAAUAUUAUUUAUGAGGCCAGGGAAUCUACAGGCUAAGGUUGUGCUGAGAUAGGGGUGAUUCUGUGGUAAAAUAAAAGAUAGUAAUAGUAACAUUUAAUUGAAAAAUGAUAACAACAAUAUAAUUUAUUACCUUAUAGAUUGCAAUAAUAUAGUAUAGUUAUUUUCCGUAGUGGUCCUCUAAUGGCACAAGUCAGUUACAGUGUGCAAGGGUUGUGUUGCUUUCUAAAUUAAUGUGCAGAAGGAUUUUGACGAAAAAGAGAUUCGUAGUAUUGUGCCCAAUUGCUUAUAGUCCUGAACCAUCAUGCAGAGACGUGUAUCACAUCAGUAUUCUGGCUAACUGUAACUACACCUACCCUUCCCCUAAACCAACAUUUUGUCCUUAGUGGAAAGCUGGUGUCAAUAUUGGGUCAGGGGAGGGGUAGGUUGGCCUUUUUCCAGAAUCUUAUACUUACUUGGCCAAUCAAUAACUUUUGAUGUUGCUGUUAAUAUCCUCUUGCAGCAAGUGGCAGCUGUGCCAUCAAAGGAUUCCACAUAAGAUUCCAUUUGGUCCACUCUUCUGGUGCCAGAUUAUUGUUGAAGGAGACAAAAUGGAAUGUGAGAUCUCCCAGAAAGAGGAGGCAGCAGGUAGGUUCAUUUGAUUAUUUGCCUACAGGUGUGUUGUAAAGAUUAUCCUCUCCAUAGCCAUGCAUGUCUUAACUUCGCUGUGUUUUCUUUGGUUUAUUUGUUUUAGUCAUCUGCUCACCCCCAACAGCUUUUGUGCUGUAAAUACUGAAAAGGAUAAAUGUAGGAAUUAUGUUUUUGUUAUUCUCUCAAGAGCACAAAGAUUGAAUAUUAAUCCUGUGUAAUGUGUUUCCUCUAAAGAACCAACACAAGUACCAAGCCAUGACACCACCUCUCUGGUGAACAGUGCAUUCAUUGAAGGUGUGUCCCACCCUGUAAGAAAACUUGUGGAGCACAUAGUACCCCAGGGUGGUCAGAUUGAGGAGGCUGAUGAAGCAUCAGGAUCUGAUGCCUACCUGAGUUCUGAAGACACAGCAGAGUAUAAGAAAGUGGCAACGCCAUUAGAGUCAGUAUUGGUUGCCACCCAGGCUGCUCAAGCUGCAGAAUUGGAGUGGGAUGCAGCAGGAUGUACCCUUGACACAGAUUCGUGUGACAAAGAACAGACUGAGGAGCUUGUGUUGUGCAAUGCUGUUGAAGGUAACAUACCCUGCGUUAGAGCCUUUAAGAAGGCUCACUUAUGCAAAGCCAAAGUUUGGUUGAUUGGAAUUUUGGUGAUGGAGAAGCCCUAUUCAGGGUUGUAGCUAAAAUGUCAAGUUGCCGGGUAUCUGCAAUUAGUAGGAAGGGAUCUGUACAGCUAGGAAAUUCUUUUGGUUCUUUUUGCCUUUUUGUUUUGCUCAUACUCAUAGUAGCCAUGGCCAGCCCGCCCCUAGCUAGAAUACUGCCCCCAUGGCUGGCAAAUCCCCACAACCCAGCCAUGGGCCCCCAUUCCAGGCACCCAUCAUACUGUUGAAACAGUGGAAGGAAGAAAAAUAAGGGACGAGAGGGGGGAAGACGCUAAAGCAACCGCUUUACAGACCACUGCACAAACGCUCAAUGAAGAACUCAAGAUCCUAGCAGUGGACAAAGCUACCACAUACCAUGUGAGCCUGCACUUAUGGGAUUGACCGCUGUAUGCCCGCUAAGCUUGUGGAUCGCUUGACCGCUAAGCUCGUGGACCGCUUAACUGCUAAGCUCGUGAACCACUUGACUGCUAAGCUUGUGAAAUGAUUGACUGCUAAGCUCAUGAACUACUUGACCGCUAAGCUCGUGGUGGUUAACUUAGUUAACUUAAAUUACAUUUACCAAAAUUGUCUUGUCUUACAGAUGCUGGAAGUGAUGUGGAAAGCAUCUUCAGUGAUAUAUCAGAUGACUUCAUGGUGGUUCCCAUCCCUCCCUGUUUCAUUCCAGAGGCCCCCCUGACCGCAGACCCUGCCCACGUGACUGUUAGCAUGACAGAAUACAAGCAGAUGUCAGAGAGUCAUCAGGGACCUUUUUCAUUGGACCUCAGUCCUCACGCUUCUCUUGAGGUAGAGCUCAAGAGUAGAUCCGCCGAUGCUUCCUAUACUGACCAAAUGAGUGUUACCAAUGUUGCAACAAUAUUGGAGGGUGGUUCUACCCUUGUGGAUUCAAGGGAUGUUACCAGCAGUGAGACACCAUUGGAGAUGACAUCAAGGAGAACUGUAGAAGGAGAACAGAAUGUUUUUGAUCUGGCUAGUGAGACCUUGCCUCUGCUUCCAGAGCCCCUCAUCCCUGGACCAGGACUGCAGGCAGCUGGGUUAGUGGAAGAAGCGCCAACCCUCGUCACCUCCACUGAGUCCACAUUACCAAUUACCAAUGAACCUCUCCCUGCACUCGAGCCAGCAGAGGACGACAACGAUGUUGUUGGAGAUGAUGAUGCCGAUGACGCUGCACAGCCACAACCAGAACCAAGCUCACAACCCAUCGCAACCCAGCCAAUGACCGGGACAGAUGAGCCGCCUCCAGUAGCACUGCAACCAGAGCCCUCAUCAUCUGUGAAUGUAGCACCGACCACUGUACAAACAAGGGGAGUGGUGCAGCAUAUUCCCAACACCAACAGUGACUUCCCCACCGACGUUGUUAAAGAUGUGUUGUCCACUGCUUUUGAUGCAGUAGCCAGUGCAGGUCGAGCUAUUGUGGACACUGUGGACAAUCUUCUCACUGGCACUCCAAGGCCAGAACCUACAGCUACUUACAACCCUGAGCAGGGAUGUGAGUUAUCAGUUAAUCAAGAGGAAGGGGACCACAUAAGAGUAUGUCAAAUUACUUGUUGUGUACCAUAUAUUUUUCAACUUAAAGUUACAACUGGAGCUUUCUGCAGAAUGUGUAUAAUUGUCCCAAAAACUAUCUUCUCUCUACUAAGAGUCUUAACUCUUUACGGACUCCUUCAAAUUCAAAUUAUGUCCCUUCUAAGGAUUCAGGGAAACCAGUACUUACCGCAAAUCCUACUUCAUACUUUACUAAAACUGGAUACUCUGCUAAGCUAAUUGAUUGAGUAUACGAGUGAUUUAUUAGCAACAAUUUUGUAUACUCGUGUAUUGGUACAUGUAUAUACUUCUCCCUCCCCCCUCCCUCCCCCUUUUGGGCCCACAAGGAUAUUGCUUGUUCCAAACUAACAGCGACUUUCUCUCCCCUCCACAGGACGCUCCUGAAGUGCACUCAGUAUCCUGGCCUCCUGGUAGAUCGCCUGGCACGUGUCAGGAAUGCUUGGUGGAGAUGGGAUUCUGCGAUCGCAAACUCAAUGAACAACUUCUGAAGAAACACAACAACAAUGUGGCCCUUGUUGUGAACGAGCUAUUAUCGUUCACUGAUAAUGACUGGUCCACGCGGAGACAUUAA